AGAGAGAUAAGAGAGAAGGUAAGUGAGAAGACGAAGAAGAAGAUCCAAAAGCGUGGGAAAAUCAAAUUAGGGUUUUGUGAGAAUGGCUGAUUCAGUCGACAAAUUAAGUUACUUUCAAGCGGUGACAGGUCUUGACGAUGCUGAUUUGUGUACUGAGAUCCUUCAAGCUCAUGGUUGGGAUUUAGAACUUGCUAUCUCUACUUUCACAUCUACUUCUGAUCAUCGUGGUGCCGCUUCGUCUUCCGAUGGUGGUAACAAUCACGAUCACGGUGGCGCUGUGUUUGCUGACGACUCUAUGACUCCUGAUUAUACCGAAUCUCGAGGGAUCGUUGACGAUACAGAGCUUGUUAUGCGUGAUGGUGAUGGAGGAGGAGGGAACAGAGGUCCAGGAGUGGCGUGGAGGAUUAUUACUUUGCCUAUUUCGAUUGUUUCUGGUAGCUUAGGGUUAGUUUCUGGAGCGAUUGGGUUAGGGAUUUGGGCUGCUGGUGGUGUUUUAUCGUAUUCGUUUGGUAUGUUAGGGUUUAGAUCAGGGAGAGGUGGUGGUGCGUCUGAUUCGUCUUCAGCUAGGCUUGUUUCGGUUUCUUCUGCUGCUCGUGAAGCGAUGGAGUUUGUUGCUUUGUUUGAUAGAGAUUUUGGGAGUCACAAUGCGUUUAAGAUCGAUUUUGUAUCGGAAGGGUUUAUGGAUGCGCUUCAGCGUUCUAGGAGCUCUUUUAAGCUCUUGUUUGUUUACUUGCAUUCUCCGGAUCAUCCUGAUACACCUGGGUUUUGUGAUGGGACGCUUUGUAGUGAAGCUGUUGUAGCUUUUGUUAAUGAGAAUUUUGUUUCGUGGGGAGGUAGUAUUCGAUCUAGUGAAGGAUUUAAGAUGAGUAAUAGCUUGAAGGCUUCGAGGUUCCCGUUCUGCGCUGUUGUUAUGCCUGCUGCUAACCAGAGAAUUGCUCUUCUUCAACAGGUUGAGGGACCACAAUCACCAGAAGAAAUGCUUGCUAUACUCCAGAGAGUUGUAGAAGAUAGUUCACCUACUCUUGUAACUGCUAGGGUUGAGGCAGAAGAAAGAAGAACCAAUCUGCGUCUGAGAGAGGAACAAGAUGCUGCUUACCAGGCCGCUCUUGAAGCCGAUCAAGCAAGGGAGCGACAGAGACAGGAAGAGGAAGAGCGUUUAGAGAGGGAAGCUGCUGAGGCAGAAAGAAAACUCAAAGAAGAAGAAGAGGCUCGGGAAAGAGCAGAACGCGAAGCUGCAGAGAGAGAAGCUGCGAGAGUGAGAAUGAGACAAGAGAAAGCACUUGCUCUUAAGGAUGAACCUGAGAAAGGCCCUGAUGUUACACAAGUUUUGGUACGGUUCCCGAACGGAGAAAGGAAAGGAAGGAGGUUCGAAAGCGAAACCAAGAUCCAAACAUUGUACGAUUAUGUUGAUUCACUUGGAGUCUUAGACACAGAAGAAUACAGCUUAAUCACUAACUUCCCAAGGACAGUGUAUGGAAGAGACAAAGAGUCAAUGUCACUGAAAGAAGCAGGUCUGCAUCCUCAGGCAAGUCUGUUCAUCGAGAUCAACUAAAAAUUGCUGAUUCUUCUGUUUCAUUCUCCUUUUAGUCCCCUCUCGUUAAUUUUUCAGGCUCUUCCCUUUUGUUAUCUACUGAGAUAUUUAGUUUGUUGCUUCAAUGAUACAUUACAUUGGACCUGAGGUAUUAUUACUUAUAAUAUAUACACACAUAUAUUUAGAAUUUGCUUCAUAUAUUGAGAUA